GUGGUGGUGGUGGUAAGGAGGCGGAGGGGGGUUAGACGCGAAAGAGAAAAUGGCGGCCGCUGCUGGUGCGCCUGGUUCGGGGGAGGGAGGAGAAGCCGAGCCAGACAGCGAGCCGAUUUGUGGAGCUGAUAGGCCGCGGCAGGAGCAUACGGAGGCCUCGACGCUGCACUGUAGUGUAGUACAGGAGCUCGGCCGAGAAAAUGCCCUCGAUUCGAAGGAGGCCGAAUAUGGGGAGACAGGGCUGCGGCUCCCUGAUACCGAGAAGCAGCCGGAGUGUAUAACGCCUGAGGUAACUAACUGGGAAAGUGAAGUAGAAAGGGCCCCUGUGGCCCUGGAGGCCGCACCUGAGGCCUGGCCUCAUAGACGGGAUAUUGAGGCCGAGGGUGUGGAGCCCUCAGUGGUGGACACUGGAGAUAAAGGAAUGGUGGGAGAUGUCCUCUCCUCUCAACAGGAAGAGCAACCUAUGCAACUGGGGAAAGACUUACAUUGCCCUCCUGUCCCCUGCCAUGGAGAGUCAGCCCCUGAGGCCAUGGACUUAGUACAGAUGGAAGAGGUUAAGAGUGAGGUGACCCCCACCAAGGCGGAGCACCCCCCAGAGUCAGCGCAUUUCAUUUGUGCAUCUUCUCCCCAACCUCUGCUCAUGUCUGAACAAUUGCAGUGUGCUUCUGAGCCCGUGUUACUGGAGGUCCAGGGUCCAGACCUUCCAGAAGAAGCUGAGGUCUUGCAAGAAUCCUUCCCUGAGAAGUUUGCAUUAAUAUGUGAUUCACCUAUUCUUGAACCCCCACAUGUACAGGAGGCUGCCACCCCAGAUCAGCUGCAGGUUUCUGCCCCUCUUGAGCCCAUCCUCAUCUCUAACAUGUCACCAGUACAGGAAUGUUCCACUAUGGAGGUGGCCAAUGAACAGGAUCCAAGCUCUCCGUCAAAGAUGGAGACUGAUGUGGUUGAGGUGGAUCAUGUCCAUGAUCCAGUUCCUGAAGUUUUUUUACAGGUACAAGAACCUACCGUGAUGGAAGUGCUGGAUCCAGAAGGUCUGAUCACUCUGUUAAUAGAGGACUUGCCUAAUGAGGGCCAAGACUCCAUUCCUGAAAUGGUGAUAUCUGAGCCUGAGGUGGUAUUGAACUUGCAGGAUAAAAUACCACACAAAGUAGAUGAGGAAACCGUCCCUGAGACUGAAGAAGUCCCCAGAUCUGUACAGAUUCUAGUUCAUUCUGUCCAAGAACCUUGCAGGGCGGACUUUGACCUAGUAGAUGAUAAACCUGUCCCUGAACCAUUUCAUGAAGAAGUUCAAGUACAAGCAGAAGAUAAAGUGGAGCGAGUCCAUGAUUUAGAGGUUGUAGAAAAUGACAAAGGGGCCCAUUCUGAGUCCAUGCAAUGUACGGAGGUGGAAGUCAAGCUUUUCUUACAACCGGCCCUAGUGAAGCUCGAUGAUGGGCAAGAGAGUCAGGAUAUUCAUGUUUCGCUUGAGAAAGAGUGUCAGCCAGACAUGUCCCCUGGCCAGGCAUCUGUGCAACUAAUCAUGUCUGAUUCAGUCCCUGAGGACAUCCACUCACUUAGUGAGCGGGCACUAGAGAAUGCCAUAUCUCCAGUGGACAGUGGGAUCAGCUCAGAACUAAACUCUGUGGAAAAAGAGCUGGCCUCUCAAUCCAGUCAUAUGGAAACUGAGCCGAAUGUGGAAAAUGGUUCUGAAUGCACAAAGCUUGUGUCUUAUGUUCAAGACGUUGAAUAUGAUCCUUUUUAUAGGGACCCUAAAGUGGAGGACCCUUCUAAUGCUGAGGCCAUUGUGGAAGAAGAACAUGACUCAUCAACGGCAUCUACUGAAAUUGUACAGACUAAAGACCUUGGCAUGGAGGAGCCAGUGCUCCCCACCACUAAGGCAGAUGUAGAUGCAUGUAUAGACAAUCCUAAUCCAUGUCAGGAUCCUCUGUCUGCAGCAGAGAGACUUUUUGCUGGUGGAAUUGACCAGCUCAUACCUGGUUCUGAAGUUCAGGUUACACUCGAUCACAUCAUUCAGGAUGCAUUGGUGGUUUCCUUCCGCCACGGAGACAGAAUCUUCUCAGGGGUUCUAAUGGAUCUGUCAAAAAGGUUUGGACCUCAUGGAAUCCCUGUAACAGUUCACCCAAAACGAGAGUAUAAGAAUAAGCCUGAGGAACCCAUCCAGCCUCAAAGCACAUCAUUCCAAGAAGAAGAAUCACUGAAAAAUAAGAAUGGAACUGGUCCCAUGGAUAUAACCCCCAUCCAGUCCACCGAGCCCUGUGGAGUUAAUAAAACCCUGUGGAUGUCAAAGCCACCUCCUCUCUUUCAUGAAGGAGCUCCAUACCCUCCUCCUUUGUUUAUCAGGGACACCUAUAACCAGUCAAUACCUCAACCCCCUCCACGUAAAAUUAAAAGACUGAAAAAGAAAAUAUACAGGGAAGAACCCACUUCGAUAAUGAACGCUAUCAAACUGCGGCCUAGGCAGGUAUUGUGUGAUAAGUGUAAAAAUGUUGUCGCCGAUAAGAGGGAGGUCAGGAAGACUGGGAAUGACUCUUUUAAGCUAGAAGAAGGAAAAAGGAGGAGGCAUGAAAGUGUAACUACUGUGAAUAAGAAACUCAAAACUGAUCAUAAAGUAAAUGGAAAAAGCCAGAGUGAGAGUCAGAAAAAAAAUCCAGUGUCUAAGGUUUCCAACCAUGGGCAUGGGCGAGGUAAAGUGGUAAAAGUGGCUUCUCAAACAAAUGCCUCGAAAGCUCAACUGCACCCUAAGAAGGUGCUGCAGAGUAAGAAUAUGGAUCAUGCAAAGGCACGGGAAGUAUUAAAAAUGGCCAAAGAAAAGGCACAAAAAAAACAAAAGAAUUCAUCUUCCUCGAAAAAUGCUCAUAGUAAAGUCCACUUUACGAGACGCCUUCAGAACACGACCUCAGGGACCCUUCCACCAAGAUUACGCAUUAAACCUCAAAGGUACCGCAAUGAGGAGAACAACGCUUCGCUCAAGAUUGGACUUGAGAGCUUGCGCAGCAGUAAGAUUGGUAUCAAGCCCCAGACUCGCUACACUGCCACCCGUUCAGCAGGUGAGGCACCCUCAGAAAUAAAGACCCCUUCCAAUGGCCCUGAAGAGGUCAGCACUACUGUUGAGAACGCGAGUGUCUGUGUACCACCUGGCGAGCAGGAUGAGCAGCAAGCCCUGAGCAAGCAAGGCAGCAAAAGCAAUAUCACAGUUUACAUGACCUUAAAUCAAAAGAAAGCAGACUCUUCCAGUGCAUCAGUGUGUAGUAGUGAUAGUACAGAUGAUAUCAAAUCCACCCAUUCUGAGUGUAGUUCUACUGAAAACUUUGAUUUCCCCCCAGGCACCAUGCAUGCACCUUCUUCAUCAUCUUCCUCCUCUUCAAAAGAAGAGAAAAAGUUGAGCAAUUCCUUGAAAAUAAAGAUGUUUUCCAAAAAUGUCUCUAAAUGCAUGACCCCCGAUGGCAGGACCAUAUGUGUUGGGGACAUUGUUUGGGCCAAGAUAUAUGGCUUUCCAUGGUGGCCUGCCCGUAUACUUAAUAUAACUGUCAGCAGAAAAGAUAACGGCCUACUUGUCCGACAGGAGGCCAGCAUAUCAUGGUUUGGGUCCCCAACAACUUCCUUCCUUGCUUUGUCACAGUUGUCCCCUUUUUUAGAAAACUUCCAGUCCCGAUUUAACAAGAAGAGAAAGGGUCUUUAUCGCAAAGCCAUCACAGAGGCAGCUAAGGCUGCCAAACAGCUCACCCCAGAAGUGCGAGCCCUCCUGACUCAAUUUGAAACGUGAUUCCACCCACAUGUAAGGUAGGCAAGUUUAGAGGUCAUAAGUUUUUUUUUUUUUUUUUUUUUAACACUAGCUUAGUCACAACCAUAAAGUAUUAUAGAAAGUUUUUUUGUUUGUUUCAUUUUGUUCCCCCCCCUUCCCCCAGGUUGGAAAGUGGCUCUGUCCAUUUUCUUAACUGGGCUUUCUGGGACUUUUACCUGAUGGACAUGAUGUAUGGCACUGUGGCUGGUAAAACAAUGAAGGGAAGGGUAGUCGGACCCCCACAGAUCAUACCGUGAUAGGCCAUCAAAUAUAAGUCCCAGACAACCCCUUCAAGAUGACAGAAGUACAUUUCACUUCUGAUACUUAAUGUUUAGUAAUUCUCUUAAGACAGAAACGGGCCCUGGACAUUGGCCGCCGCUUAGCCUCUGCUGUUUUACAGGCUUGCCUGAUUUCUAUACAUGUAAGAAGUGUCAAUUUUCAGCGCCCCAAUGAUGGUGGAUCAGGAUGUGAGGAGAGGAAUGUACAUAGAUUCAUUCUAAAGUGUAAAAGGUGGAUUUUUGUUUUUGUUUUGCCUUUUAUUUUUUUCCUGGACUGAAGUCUAGAUAAAAAAAAUAAAAAAAUUUGACAAGUGUGGCCAUCUUGAAAUGUUUAAAUAUUAUAAAUAUAUAUACAUACAAAUUCUUAAGAAAAUACUUAUCUCCUGGCUUUCUUUAGGACAUCUUCUGGUUACGACAUGUUGUGCUUUGUCAGUGUCACUGUUACAUUAUUUUGGAUGUACUUUAUCAAAUGAAUAUAUUUUUUUUUUUCUUCCCCCCCCCCCCAUUAAAGGCUAAGGUAUCUGUUUGCAGGUCAGAAAGUAUGAAACAAAUGUAAUUGUGUAUUGCUCUGAAAUGUACAAAAACUGUAAA